AUGCGGGGUAGCACCGCAGCUGCAGUGCUGUCGCGUCGUCUGCAAGCCUCGGCCAAUUGCGGCCGCAGCGCCAAUGCAAAACAAGCUCGCCGCCGCUCGAUUCAGACCCUCUCUGGCGGGCGGUCAGCGUCUGCCUCGCCGCUACUAAAACGGCGCCCGGCGAAAAAUGUCUGGAAAUGCCCAGAAACGCAUCUGGUGCGAGGCGGCGCCCUGGUCCAGUUCCGAUCCCUUGCGACAGAGGCUGGCGUCAACGCUGAUGGUGGCGGGCCGUUGGCAGAAUACGAUCGCCGCGUAGAGGCGGGUGAAUUGCGCAAUGAUGAGCAUCAAAGAGGAAUCAUCGAAAGCCUGCAACAUCUCUAUAAUGAAUUGCGCGACUACGACGCACCGACGGUCGUGCAUCCGAGCCUCGAGUCGCUAAAGCCCAAGAAAUCAGUGUUUUCGUCGAUAUUUGGAGGCGGCCCGAAAAAGGGAGAGGCCGCCAUCGGUCAAAUACCAGAUAACUUGCCCCGCGGAUUGUACCUCUUUGGCGACGUCGGCAGCGGCAAGACGAUGCUGAUGAACCUCUUCUACGACACGUUGCCGCCUUCGGUCAAGAGCAAGACGCGGAUACAUUUUCACAAUUUCAUGCAAGAUGUGCACAAGCGUUUACACAAGAUCAAGAUGGAGCACGGCAAUGAUAUCGACGCCGUCCCGUUUGUCGCCGCAGAUAUUGCCGACAAGGGCAAUGUCUUGUGCUUUGAUGAGUUUCAGUGCACAGAUGUUGCAGACGCCAUGAUUCUUAGAAGGCUCUUGGAGGCUCUCAUGUCACAUGGCAUUGUAAUGGUGACGACUUCCAAUAGACAUCCCAAUGAACUGUACAAAAACGGCAUCCAAAGAGAAUCCUUUAUCCCAGCCAUCAAACUACUCAAGACCCGGCUGCACGUCAUCAACCUAGACUCACCCACCGACUACCGCAAGAUCCCCCGGCCACCCUCGGGCGUCUACCACACGCCGCUCGACAAGCACGCCAACUCGCACGCGGAGAAGUGGUUCCGCUUCCUCGGCGACACGGAGCACUUUGCGCCGCACCCAGAGACGCAAAAAGUCUGGGGCCGGGAGAUUUACGUGCCGCGCGUGAGCGGCCGCUGCGCCUGGUUCACCUUUGACGAGCUGAUUCGGCAGCCCAAGUCGGCGGCCGACUACCUCGAGCUGGUGCGCUGCUACGACGCCUUCAUCGUCACCGAAGUGCCCGGCAUGACGAUUCGCGAGCGCGACCUCGCCCGCCGCUUCAUCACCUUCAUCGACGCCGUGUACGAGGGCAACGCCAAGCUGGUCCUCACCACGGAGCGGCCCCUGGGCGAGCUGUUUGUGUCGCGCGACGAAAUCGCAGAGAGUCUUUUGGCAUCCAGCAGCAGCAGCAGCAGCAGCGACAGCUCGGCGCCGCCGGCGUCGUCGUUGUUGUCGUCCGAGGGGCCUUUGAGCGCAAAGAAGCCCGCCGCGAGUAUGGAGGAGGUCAUGGACGAGAUGAUGGCAGAUCCGGACGGCAGCGCCGCAAAGCUCAAGGCCUCGAAUCUGUUUUCGGGCGAGGAGGAGGCGUUUGCGUUUGCGCGCGCGCUCAGCAGACUCAGUCACAUGGAGAGCAAGGAGUGGGUUGAGCGCGGCAUGGGCCUGGAGAGCAAAGGUGGCAAGGAGGACAAGGAUAACUGGACACGCACACGGAGUCGGCAAAUGGAGGACUCCAUGUAA